CAAUCUAAAAAAACUGAACCUAAAUAGAGUGGCGUACUCUUUUUCCCACUUUAUCAACUGCAACAGAAACCUAACCCUAACCCUAAAACUCACAGUACAAUCAACAAUGGCAAAGAAGCGAAAGCACGACGCUAAAGCCGCCACCGCCGCGGAGUCAGCAGAACCGCCGCAGAAGCUCCAGCACCAAGAAGAAGAAGCCGAGCCAGAGCAACAAAAACAAGAACUCGUAGACGAAGAAUACGAACAAGAAGUCGAAGAAAUCGAGGAAGAAGUAGAAGAAGAAGAAGCCGACGGAGACGAGGUUCCCGGCGAUCAAGAAAUUAAGGACGAUAACGAUGGCGGCGACGACGAUGACGAUGAUGAUCCGAUUGAGAAAUUGCUUGAGCCGUUUGGGAAGGAGCAGAUACUGAAUCUUCUAAAGGAAGCUUCUGAUAAGCACACUGACGUGGCGGAUCGGAUUCGGAAAAUAGCUGACGCUGAUCCGGCGCAUAGGAAGAUAUUUGUGCACGGACUUGGUUGGGAUGCUACGGAGGAAACCCUAAUUAAUUCUUUUAAGCAGUUCGGUGAAAUUGAGGAUUGUAAGGCGGUUUGCGAUAAGGUUACGGGGAAAUGUAAAGGUUACGGUUUUAUUCUGUUUAAGAAACGAAGUGGUGCUCGUAAGGCGUUGGUGGAGCCGCAGAAGAAGAUUGGGAAUCGGAUUACUUCGUCUCAGUUGGCGUCCACUGGUCCGGUUCCUGGAGCUGGAGCGCCGAGUGGGCAGAGCGGGUUUCAGCCGCAAGUGUCUGAGUUUACUCAGAGGAAGAUUUAUGUGAGUAAUGUUGGGGCGGAUUUGGAUCCUAAUGCGCUAAUGAGUUUCUUUGCGAAGUUUGGGGAGAUUGAGGAAGGUCCUUUAGGUUUAGAUAAGGUAACAGGGAAGCCGAAAGGGUUUUGUUUGUUUGUGUAUAAGAGUAGUGAGAGUGCUCGGAGAGCGCUUGAGGAGCCCCAUAAGAAUUUCGAAGGUCAUGUUUUGCAUUGUCAGAAGGCUGUUGAUGGACCUAGACAUGGGAAAUCGCAGCACCAGCCGCAACAUCAUCAUCAUAAUGCUCAAAAAUCUCAUUAUAAUCGAAAUGGGAAUCCUGGCGGUUAUAAUGCUCCUGGUCCAGCGCAUUUGAUGGCGCCGUCUGCUCGACCGGGAUUUGGGUUUAAUCAAGGAGCUGCUGGAGCAGCUGCUUUGAAUCCUGCACUUGGACAGGCGUUAUCGGCAUUGCUUGCUAGUCAGGGUGCUGGAUUGAAUCUUAAUUUGUUAGGAAAUUUAGGUUCUGCUGCUGGGGUUAACCAGGGUGGUGUGCCUGGGGCAGCAACUGGGAUACAGAGUGGAUAUGGUACUCAAGCGAGUCCAGGAGUGAUUGGAUAUGGGAAUCAGGGAAUGAUGCAGGGUGGUUACUCAAGUCAGCAGGUGGGGCAGGGUAGUUCUGGAAGAGGGCAGCAUGGUGUUGGCCAAUAUGGUGGUGGAGGGCCUUACAUCGGUCAGUAGAAAAGGUUCUCUCUUCGAUCCCUUAUAGGUGUAUGCAUCAGUCUUUUAUGUAAUGGCCUGCCGAUUCUUCUGAAGUUUUUGGAGCUUAUGCAAAUCAAGUCUUUCUAAAUAUGAACAAAUGCUGCUUUUGCUUAUUCGAAAGAGGCUCUUAAACUGUUUUCUAUUUUUUCUACUUAGCUUUGUUUCUUUCGCAUUUCCAUUGUUUAAAAUAUUGUAUUUGUUACAAGAUUAAAAGCUUUGGGAACAAUUUUACUACUUUCAUGAACAAUAAGUACUGAGUACUGUUUACAGUGAGCGACUUUGAACAACAUUAAUCCUAGUUUUCACUGGUUAAGUGGUCUUUGAAUUUUUA